AUGGAGGAGUUUCACUACGAAGAGGUCCAGUUGUCGGAGAUGACGCUGGAGGACGGUGUGCUGCGUUUCCCUUGCCCCUGCGGCGAUUUGUUCGAGCUCCUUCUUGAAGACUUCAUCGCUGGCAGCGACGUGGCGCAGUGCCCCACCUGCUCUCUCACCAUCAAGGUGCUCUUCACCGAGGAAGAGAAGAAUCACUUCUUGGCGCUGAACACCGUCGGUGCUGUUUGCGCGGCAGCGGCGUAG